UGCGGGGCGAGCAGUCCAGCCCCGGGUUCACCCCAGCUUAGCGCUGCAGCGGCAGAACUUCCAGCUCAGUCUCCUGGCUUUGAUCCUCACUGUACAUCAGACCCGCGGCGCCGAGUGGAGGGAGGAUGCGAGAUGACCGGCCCCUUGGCAACCUGACCACCUCCUCGGCAGAGCCUUCCACAGCCAGCGGGGCGAGUGCAGGACCAAGGAGGCGCCCUGCCUCGUGCAUGGCUGGAGAGAGGACUCGGCAAGAAAAGGAGAAAUAAAUCAAGCAGCCUGACAGUGCCUUUGGCCACGUUGGAAGAUGUCAUCUCAAACUAAGUUCAAGAAAGACAAAGAGAUCAUCGCCGAAUAUGAAGCCCAAAUAAAAGAGAUCCGCACGCAGCUGGUGGAGCAGUUCAAAUGCCUGGAGCAGCAGUCCGAGUCGCGUCUGCAGCUGCUGCAAGACCUCCAGGAAUUCUUCCGGCGGAAAGCCGAGAUCGAGCUGGAGUACUCCCGCAGCCUGGAGAAGCUGGCCGAGCGCUUCUCCUCCAAGAUCCGCAGCUCCCGGGAGCACCAGUUCAAGAAGGACCAGUACCUGCUGUCGCCCGUGAACUGUUGGUACCUGGUCCUGCAUCAGACCAGGCGGGAGAGCCGAGACCACGCCACCCUCAACGACAUCUUCAUGAACAAUGUCAUCGUCCGCCUCUCCCAGAUCAGCGAGGACGUCAUCCGGCUCUUCAAAAAGAGCAAGGAGAUCGGCCUGCAGAUGCACGAGGAGCUCCUGAAGGUGACCAAUGAGCUCUACACGGUCAUGAAGACCUACCACAUGUACCACGCGGAGAGCAUCAGUGCGGAGAGCAAGCUGAAAGAGGCUGAGAAGCAGGAGGAGAAGCAAUUCAACAAGUCAGGAGAGCUCAGCAUGAACCUGCUCCGGCAUGAGGACCGGCCCCAGCGCCGCAGCUCCGUGAAGAAAAUCGAGAAGAUGAAGGAGAAGAGGCAGGCAAAAUAUUCUGAGAACAAGCUGAAGUGCACCAAGGCCCGGAAUGACUACUUGCUGAACCUGGCGGCCACCAAUGCAGCUAUAAGCAAAUACUACAUCCACGAUGUCUCCGACCUCAUCGAUUGCUGUGACUUGGGCUUUCACGCCAGCCUGGCCCGCACCUUCCGGACCUACCUCUCCGCCGAGUACAACCUGGAGACCUCUCGCCACGAGGGGCUGGAUGUCAUCGAGAACGCAGUGGACAACCUGGACUCCCGGAGUGACAAGCACACGGUCAUGGACAUGUGCAACCAGGUCUUCUGCCCCCCCCUCAAGUUUGAGUUCCAGCCCCACAUGGGGGAUGAGGUGUGCCAGGUCAGCGCGCAGCAGCCCGUGCAGACGGAGUUGCUCAUGCGGUACCACCAGCUGCAGUCCAGACUGGCCACCCUCAAGAUAGAGAACGAGGAGGUCCGGAAGACCCUGGACGCCACCAUGCAGACCUUGCAGGACAUGCUGACGGUGGAGGACUUUGACGUCUCCGACGCCUUCCAGCACAGUCGGUCCACAGAGUCUGUGAAGUCAGCUGCCUCCGAGACCUACAUGAGCAAGAUCAACAUCGCCAAGCGGAGGGCCAACCAGCAGGAGACCGAGAUGUUUUAUUUUACGAAAUUUAAAGAAUACGUGAAUGGCAGUAACCUCAUCACUAAGCUGCAGGCCAAGCACGACCUGCUCAAGCAGACCUUGGGUGAAGGGGAGAGAGCAGAGUGCGGCACAACCAGGCCCCCCUGUCUUCCCCCUAAACCACAGAAAAUGAGGAGACCUAGGCCUCUCUCAGUGUGUAGCCAUAAACUAUUUAACGGCUGUAUGGAAGCGUUCAUUAAGGAUUCAGGACAAGCCAUCCCGCUUGUGGUUGAGAGCUGCAUCCGAUACAUCAAUUUAUAUGGACUCCAGCAGCAGGGCAUCUUCAGAGUGCCCGGCUCUCAGGUGGAAGUCAACGACAUCAAGAACUCCUUUGAGAGAGGUGAAGACCCCCUCGUGGAUGAUCAAAAUGAACGAGAUAUCAAUUCAGUCGCUGGCGUUUUAAAACUGUAUUUCCGAGGACUGGAAAACCCACUCUUUCCUAAGGAAAGGUUUCAAGAUUUGAUAUCUACUAUUAAACUGGAGAACCCAGCUGAGAGGGUGCACCAGAUCCAACAAAUCCUCGUCACCCUUCCCCGUGUGGUCAUCGUGGUCAUGAGAUACCUCUUUGCUUUCCUCAAUCACCUCUCGCAGUACAGCGACGAGAACAUGAUGGACCCCUACAACCUGGCCAUCUGCUUCGGGCCCACCCUCAUGCACAUCCCCGACGGGCAGGACCCUGUGUCCUGCCAGGCCCACGUCAACGAAGUCAUCAAAACCAUCAUCAUCCACCAUGAAGCCAUCUUCCCCAGCCCCCGGGAGCUGGAGGGACCCGUGUAUGAAAAAUGCAUGGCUGGAGGGGAAGAAUACUGUGACAGCCCACACAGCGAGCCGGGGACCAUUGACGAAGUUGACCAUGACAACGGCACCGAGCCUCACACCAGUGAUGAAGAAGCGGAGCAGAUCGAGGCCAUCGCCAAGUUCGACUACGCGGGGCGGUCCCCACGCGAGCUGUCCUUCAAGAAGGGGGCCUCGCUGCUCCUGUACCAGCGCGCCUCCGAGGACUGGUGGGAGGGCCGGCACAACGGCGUGGACGGGCUCAUCCCGCACCAGUACAUCGUGGUCCAGGACAUGGACGACGCUUUCUCUGACAGCCUGAGCCAAAAGGCGGACAGCGAGGCGAGCAGUGGACCACUGCUGGAUGACAAGGGGUCCUCCAAGAACGACCUGCAGUCCCCCACGGAGCACGUCUCAGAUUACGGCUUUGGGGGCGUGAUGGGCCGAGUGCGGUUACGAUCGGAUGGAGCGGCCAUCCCCAGGCGCCGAAGCGGGGGCGACACGCACAGCCCACCCCGGGGCCUGGGCCCCAGCAUAGACACGCCACCCCGGGCCGCCGCCUGCCCCAAGCCCCACAAAAUCCCUCUCACCCGGGGGAGGAUCGAGAGCCCCGAGAAGCGGAGGAUGGCGACGUUCGGGAGCGCCGGCAGCAUCAACUACCCCGACAAGAAGGCGCUGUCGGAAGGGCACUCCGUGAGGGCGACGGGCGGCUCCACCAGGCACAGCAGCCUGGGGGACCACAAGUCCCUGGAGGCUGAGGCCCUGGCAGAAGACAUCGAGAAGACCAUGAGCACGGCUCUGCACGAGCUGCGGGAACUCGAGAGGCAGAACACAGUCAAGCAGGCGCCGGACGUGGUGCUGGACACGCUGGAGCCCCUGAAGAACCCGGCCGGCCCCAUCAGCUCGGAGCCCGCCAGCCCCCUGCACACCAUCGUCAUCCGGGACCCCGACGCUGCCAUGCGCCGCAGCAGCAGCUCCUCCACCGAGAUGAUGACCACCUUCAAGCCCGCCCUGUCUGCCCGCCUGGCCGGUGCCCAGCUGCGCCCGCCCCCCAUGCGGCCCGUGCGGCCGGUGGUCCAGCACCGCUCCAGCAGCAGCAGCAGCUCGGGCGUAGGCAGCCCGGCUGUGACGCCCACCGAGAAGAUGUUCCCCAACAGCUCCACGGACAAGUCGGGCACCAUGUGACCAGCCUGGGGGCGGUACCCCCCAGCCGGCAGCGGCCACCGGGGCCCUGGGGGUGGUCACCGGGACGCCCUUGUCCGUCCAGGGGUGCUCCAGCUGGGAGGGCAGAGACCCAAGGUCAGCCAGGGAGCAUGUCUGUGCAGAGCUGGGGCCCAGGCACUCCCCGCAGCUGGAGGCUGUGUGAACCCCCAGGCCUCCCCUACCGUGCAGGCUCCAGGGCGACUGCCAUUGGAGCCCGCCCUGGGUGGGGGCAGAAAGCCCCCCGACCGCACCCGCACAUCGUCACUGGAAAACGAGGCCCCGACACCCCCCUCUGCAUACACAGACAUGUGGCUCUGCGUGUGUGCACGUGUGCACAUGCACGGACGUGUCUGAGGUGUGUGUGUGUAUAUAUAUUUAUGCAUCUAUAUACAUAUCCUAGACCUGGACACACACGCGCUCAGUGUACAUAGGAUCUCCUUUUUCUUUCUAUGAAACUUAGAUUUACCUCAGACCCAUGCCACCAAACAUCUCCCGCUGAGUUAUUUGGUGGGAUUUGCAGGGACUUUUCUGGGAGAAUCUAGAGGCCCACAGUAACUGCGCACGAAGCAAUACACCACUAACCUGCAGAACAACCAGAACCAACGCCCCCACUGUCUCCAGAAGUCGUGGCCUUCCAGAACAGUCUGCCCCCGAGGAAGGGGUGGGGCAGGCGGCCCCCGGGCAGGCUGCUCCUAGAGGUGGGGAACCCUUCCCAGAACUCCCCCAUCCGCCCCAGAGACCCUGCCUUUCCACCCCUGGGCCCAGGGUCAGCCGCACCCUCAGAGGCACGGGAGGACGUCAGCGGGAAGACCCCGGCCGCAGCGCCCCGUGUUCGCAAGCAGGAGCGGGGGUGAGGCCCGCAGCCUCGGCAGUGUCACGUGCGGUCGGGAGACGGGGGUCAAGCCGCGCCGUGGCGGGGGACCCUCGAGCCUAGUCAUGCCGUAGGAAUAAAUCUGUGGUAACUAUAGAGGUUUAACUUAAUGCCAUUUUCAAAAUAUUUAAAUUUUUCUUUUCCUCUUUCUACUAAUUAUACUGUGUCAGAUCCGGAACCAAGCAGGCGAGGGGGCUGUGAGUCACGUCCUUUCGGUUGAAAA